CUCCAUUCUUCUAGUUCGUUUCCCCGUAUACCAUGCUGGAUAGCACAGGUGGUGGUCAAAACACAAGCAUGCCUGCGGUCGCUCAUCAAAGGGGCUUUCGAUUGCGGGAAAAGGAGCUCCUGGAGAGUGUCGAAGUGAAGCGGAAGGCUACCGUGGCCCAGCUUUAUUUCCUCGACUACUACUUUCAACUAUUGGGAUAUCUCGCCGCGCGUAAAGAUCGUCGUCGAAGAUUCGACGAGAACACAGAUGCUCGUCAACUCUCCCCCGCCCAACAUGCCAAGGAAUGCAAAUCCUAUUACGGCUGCGAGCGCGUCGUUCUGCGGAAACGUAGGACCAAGCUGAAGGUUGACCAGUUCCAUAUCAUUGCGCAAGUUGGCCAAGGGGGGUACGGAGAGGUAUUUCUCGCUAGGAAGCAGGAGACAGGAGAAGUAUGCGCAUUGAAGAAGAUGCGCAAGCAGACCCUCUCCAAGAUGGACGAGGUCAGGCACGUCCUCAUUGAACGAGAUAUUUUGACGGCCACGAAGACACCGUGGCUUGUGCGCCUGCUGUACGCCUUCCAAGAUCCCUUAUACGUCUAUCUCGCAAUGGAGUACGUUCCGGGCGGCGAUUUCCGGACUCUACUCAACAACUCUGGUGUGUUGAAGGAGGAGCAUGCGAGAUUCUAUAUGAGUGAGAUGCUUGCGGCUGUCAACGAGUUGCACAAGCUUGGUUACAUCCACCGCGACCUCAAACCCGAGAACUUCCUUGUGGAUGGGAGUGGACACGUCAAGUUGACUGACUUCGGUCUGGCCACGGGUGCACUCAAUCCUCAGCGGAUCCAAUCACUCAGAAUCAAGCUGGACAAAGUCAGAGAGAAUGAGGUCAUUCGACGGUCCACGCUCGAGCGGCGGUCCAUUUACCGUUCCAUACGCAACCACGAUCCCCGCUACGCCGACUCCAUUGUGGGCUCACCGGACUAUAUGGCCCCUGAGGUGCUCCGCGGCAAAUCAUAUAGCUUCUCCGUAGACUAUUGGUCGCUGGGUUGCAUCCUUUACGAAUUCCUGGCCGGAUUUCCCCCGUUCAGCGGCAGCACGCCCGAAGAGACGUGGACGAACUUGAAGAACUGGACCAAAGUCCUCCAGCGACCGCACUACGACGAGCCGGAGAACCUCGUCUUCAACCUUACAGACGUUGCAUGGGACGCCGUCACGAAGCUCAUUGCUCACGCCAGCGUGCGCUUUGCCACGCUGUCCCAAGUGUCAAGUCACCCCUUCUUUGACGGCGUCAAGUGGGACGACCUCCGCUCUGUCGACGCGCCGUUCGUGCCUGCGCUUGACUCCGAGAUCGACACGGCCUACUACGACGACUUCACCUCCGCGGAGGACAUGGCGAAGUACGCCGAGGUGCGAGAAAAACAGCGGCAUGUCGACCAGGUGAAGGAGAAGGAUGAGUUGUGCACGCGUGGUGUGUGGGUGGGAUUUACGUUCGGGAAGAACGGGCCCAACGUGCGGGCCAUGAAUGCGAUGGGCGGAGGUGCGGACGGCCGUGAUGCGAUGCCGACGAUUUUCUAGCCCGGCUGUUAUAUCCCUUUUUUUCCCUUGAUACCCAUUCUUCUUGGAGUGACGAACCAUCAACGCUUUUUUGAAGAUUUUUCGCGUUCUUGCCGACAUUAUACAGUAUCAAAGCAAUAUUGCAGCACCUCAGCGCGCAUUCCCACUUUCGAUAACCCAUUACCCUAACAUCAUACGAAUGUCAAAGAAGAACAGAGAUCAGUCCAUAGUGGCUAGUAGCACAACAUCGAGAUCCGCUCUGUCAAGCUUCGGCCUUCUGUGUCUGCUCAGCUGGAGGAGCCGGGUUCUCCAGGUUAGCC